AAAGUUCGCGUAAAUAGUGUCAGUUGAAUUUAUCAAACGACUAUCCAGGAUUGCAUGAAGUGGAGGAGUCAUUGCUGUACUUCCAGCAAGCUCGAAGCCUCUUACGUUACGUGGUGUCUGCAGUUAUAGCUGACAACAGCAAGUCGCAGGAAGGUGACAGAGUUUCUUCUGAGUUAAGGAGCCUUAGGAUAAUUUUACUGGAAAUUUUACAUUCGAAAGUGAAAGGAUCGGGGGUGAGAGAGACCAUUACAUCGAGCUGUUUGCAACAGAACGGGGAAAACACUUUCAUCAUCCUAGUGACAGGAAACAGCCCUGGAGUACUAGGCAACCCGACGUGCAGAGUUGCAGUGCAAGCAAAGUCAGCGACAGGCGUUCAAGAAGGAACUUGGCAACGCUGAAGUAAGAAGAUAGAAGAUACUAAAGGAAAAUGGUCAAACUUGCGAGCAUACUGCUAUGGCUAGUAUUAAUUCGAGAUUCAGCACCAACUUUAAGUAAAAUAAACUAUACGAUGGAAGAGUAUGAUGGAUCCUCCAGAAUUUUCUACGAAAUUAAAGAGUCAACAUUGCGCCCAGCACAAGUUGAGGCCUCCGGAUGGACCUACAAGGAGGGAAACAAUGGACCUAGUGACUGGCCAGGGAUGUGUCAGUCUGGGACCAGACAGUCACCAAUAGACCUCGACCCGCAAACAACUGUUCCUGGACGUUUUAUGCCCUUAGUUCUCCUCAACUAUGACCGGAGGUUGGUGGCGAAUAUGACUAAUAAUGGUCACACGGUGGUGUUGACAGUGGAGCAGCCCUGUGAAGUGGUUAUGGCAGCUGGUGGUUUGCCUGCUGCCUACCAUCUGGAACAGAUACACUUCCAUUGGCAGUCUGAACACACUUUUCAAGGAAAGAGAUUCCCUCUAGAAAUGCAUAUGGUGCAUUAUGAUCGUCGAUUCAAGAAGCUUGAGGAUGCAGCAAAAGUUAAUCGGGGUUUAGCUGUGCUUGCAGUUUUAUUCUAUGAAACAAAUGAGCCAAACAAGCAGCUCCAGCCAAUUUUGGAAUCCAUAUCUCAAGUGAGUCAUGUGGAGGGAAUCCAAUUUCAGUCCUCGCAACUUGUGAGACUCCAAGAUUUAUUACCUGAUGAAUUUAAUUACUUCUACCGCUAUGCUGGUUCACUCACAACGCCACACUGUGAUGAAUCAGUUGUGUGGACUGUCCUAGCACACCUCAUGCCCAUUGGGGAAAAGCAGGUGGCACAAUUCCACAAGGUCCAUUCACACCAUGAACCACUUACAUCCAACUACAGACCACUCCAGAAGGCGAACAACCGCCGUAUCUACUUGCAGCAGCCUUCUGAAGAAUACCAAGAAAUAUCAGCUUCUCCCAAACUAUAUCAGACAUGUUUUAUUGUAAUUGUAUUGGGGAUAUUCAGUAUGAUGCAUUGACCUUUUUAGUUAAUUUAGUUUACACGUGACAGAAUCAAGAAUCAAGAAAAAAUUUACUGAAUUUAUUUGCAAUAUAGAAGAUGCUUUUUUUUAAUCGCUGAACCAUGUCCUUUUAUCAUAAAAGCCUAUAUUAAUUGCACCAUAUUUGCAUUUAAAAUGGUUGUAUGCACAGGAAGUACAGUAUUCAGUGUGAAACGUGUUCAAUGUGCCCCCCCCUAUGAAACUGUGUGUCAUAGUCAAAUGAUGAAAUUCUGCAGAAUGGCUUGCACACUUCGUGUGGAAUUAAGAACACCUUUUGUUCUUUUGCCUUUUUCAGAUCAUUAAUUGUGCCAGAGUUAGUAGUGAACACUUUAUUCUUGGGAUAGCUCCAUAGGAAAGUCACAUUAGUUUAAAUCUUGUAACAGAGGUGACCGCUCAAAACCAGUACCAUGAACAUGAGAAAAUAUGUUUGAAAGUGUUCUGUUUCCAAAUAUUUCCUUAAGAUAAAAUCCAACGCAAUACUGGCUGUAUAACCUUACUGCCAUCUUUGAGCCGAUUGUCUAGAUAGUGUGGGACCCUCAAAGUCUCACAACCCUAUGGGCCUUUAUGGCCUGGUACAAGGAUAGCUUUACUUUUAAUAUUGGCUGCAUGAGGCCUCAUGCCAUUUCAUUGGAACCAGGCCAUACUGAUAUCAACAUUGCAACCUGUGAGACAAUUUACGUCGUUCUGCAAAACAUUAAUGUAAACAUGAGAACUGACUUUCCCGAAUAAACACGGAACUCAAUAUGCCAAUAUCAGAAAGCGCACUGCACAGUGUAACUUAUUCAGGAUCUAGGGGCUGUUAGUGCCAGUCUCUGGAUUUUGUAAAGUUCAGUAAUGAAAAACUGUUUGUUCACAUAAUCAUGUAAAUGAUUUCAUUGGGAAAUCAUAUUAUGUUUAAAACCUCUAUUUAAUUCUCAGGUAAAUAGAUAACUCAUUACAAAACACUAAAUAUCUCUUUCCAUAAGUUACUUAAAGGCAGAGAUAACUCUAUUACAUAACACUACGGACUAGUCAUUAAUGUUUGUUUGGCUCCCUCUGCCACAUCAGUCUGGCAUAUGGAUGAGCGUCCACCAUGAUCUUUCUGCUGAUCAAGUAGGCUACCUGUUUUUUCAGACUGCUUGAGUAAUUGCCACACAGAAUUUCUGGUGACCCUUAACAUAAAGGAAACUUUGUACAGAAUUUGUUCUGUAUUGCAACAGCAGAAUUUUCACUUUCAUAAUACGUUUUCAUAAUGAAAUAUCUCUGCUGCAAAUUGUAUGCCUCCAUGGUGUUCAUGAUUAAAAGGCAUUACCCCGUUGCUACCAACCUAUUUUAUUUAUUGUAUUGUACUGUAUUGUAUUGUAUUGUAUUGUAGUAUUUAUUUGCAUUCAUUGAUCCAGUCAGGUACAUGACCUUUGGAUUAGACAUUGUCAGCCGAUUACAUUGAUAUUUACAUAAGACUGUCGUAACAUAAAAUAAAUAAAAAUUAAAAUAUAUAUAAGAAACUAAUAACUCUAAUAACUAGAGUCAAUGGUAGAGCUAUACCCCCAGUCCCCCCUCCCCCCUAUAUUUUCAUUACACAGUGCUUAACUAAUUAAGCACAGGGACAAAUUUACCUCUAUAUACCUAGAGGCUUCUAAUUUUUCAGUUCUGGAAUUCAUUCAUUAUAAAAAUACAAGCAACUGAAAGGGUUUGAUGAAUAAAUAUCUCUAUUGCUGACCGCAGGAUAAUAAAAUGCUACUUUUUCGAAAGAUGGAGUUGUAACAGGAUGCACAGUCCCUUGAACCUUUGUCUGCAUGAUUAUCUUCAAACUAGCUGGAGAUGGCUCGGUGGCCAUGUGCUGACCAUGCACCAACUUGUCUGUAAUAUAUGUAGGUGGCUUGUAUUAUCCAGCUUUAUAUUACAGUAAAAUUGGAACAGAGUAAUAAUCUCUGUUCUUAACAAAUUGUGGAGAAAAUUGAAUCAUCAGAGAAGCUUUAAUACUCUGAAGUGGAUUCAGUACAGCUAUCCUUUGACCUGAAUUUGAUCAUGAAUGGUUGCAUCACCAACG